AUGGUUUUGAUGAGAAGUGUUCUGCUGGUCCUCGGAUCUGUACUCUCUGCCGUGCUUGCUGUGCCGACCCUUGACAGUCGCCAGACUACGCAUCCCAUUCCAGGAAAGUAUAUUGUCACCUUCAAACUGGGAACCGACGAUGCCACGAUCAAUGAACAUACUGCUUGGGCAACCAAUCUUCAUAAACGACACCUAGAGGGUCGCAGUCUCACUGAGCACGAUCUCCCCGUCGGCAUUGAAAGAUACUACAAGAUCAAUAAAUUUGCGGCAUACGCCGGCUCGUUUGACGAUGCAACCAUUGCGGCAAUUCGUCAACAUGUUGAUGUUGCAAAUGUCGAGGAAGACCAAGUCUGGUAUCUCGACGGAUUGAUCACCGAGCACAAUGCCCCUUGGGGCUUAGGAAGCAUUUCCCACCGGGGCCAGACCAGCACUGACUACGUCUACGAUGAUAGCGCGGGGCUAGGCACCUACGCUUAUAUCGUGGAUACAGGCAUCUUGACUACCCAUAGUGAGUUUGGCGGUCGUGUUCUGUUGGCAUACAAUGCUGCUGGAGGAGAGCAUAUUGAUGGAGUCGGACAUGGCACGCAUGUAGCCGGAAUUCUCGGCGGACAAACUUACGGAGUGGCGAAAAGGUCGAGCCUGGUUUCGGUGAAGGUAUUUGUGGGGGAGUCCAGCUCCACCUCGGUUAUUCUUGACGGCUUCAAUUGGGCUGCCAAUGAUAUUGUGACCAAGAAUCGCACGAACAAAGCUGUGAUCAACAUGAGCCUAGGCGGAAGCUUUUCCAGCACGUUCAAUGAUGCUGUAGAAAGUGCUUUUGAUGAAGGAGUGCUCUGUGUGGUUGCUGCAGGGAACGAGAACAGAGAUGCCGCGCGGACGAGUCCCGCUUCUGCGCCUGAUGCCGUUACCGUCGCUGCGAUCAAUCGACACAACUCCCGCUCGAGCUUUUCUAACUACGGAUCCGUCGUCGACAUUUUUGCUCCUGGAGAGGAUAUCCUUUCUUCUUGGAUUGGAUCGGACACGACGACUCGAACGAUCUCGGGCACCUCAAUGGCUACGCCCCACGUUGCGGGAUUGGCCCUUUACCUUAUGGCGCUUGAGAGCUUGUCUACUCCAGCUGCGGUGACAGCCCGCCUCAAGACAUUGGCCACGCGGAACGUAGUCACUAAUACCGCUGGUAGCCCAAACCUACUGGCGUAUAACGGAAACGGGAGAGCAAGUGAUCAUCAAGAAGAUGGAGUUGGAGACAAUGACGGAGACUUAGGAAGAGCUUGAGAUCUCACCGCCAGGUAUGGCCCAGAUCAAUGGAUUCGUGGUGCGCAUGGUGAUUAGGACCUAGAAUAAGAUCAUAAACAACUCGAGAAUGGUGAUUGCAGGGCGAAGCUCAAGUGCCACGGAUGCCUGUUCAACAUGGCAAGCAAUAGAACCAAGCACAUGCGAAGCCUUUCCCGUCACGCUUCCGGACGUAGUACCAAGCUGAAAGUUGGAUACGUCGAUCCGCGCUGGAGUACAGGAGUAUACACAAACGAUUUGUCGGGUAAAUCCCGAGCAAUGAUAGGUCCAGCACCAGCAGCUGUCCUUCCGUGGCAUUUGUUCGUGCGCAUCAGGAGAAUGCCUUCCUCAACGUUCCGAAUAUGGGACUGGUUGAGUUGAGAGAUAAACCAACCAAGGCGUUAGCCUCGCCGCAGAAUGAACCGACCAGGGGGAAAGUAUGAACCCAAGGAGUCUAGCGCUUCCUA